AUUUCAAUUAAUUAACUGACUCAGUUGCUGAUUAAGUCUUUGAAUUUUUGGUUUCUUGGCUAAAUUGAAUGUAAAUGUAUGUAUGAGCAACAGUCUCCCCCCACCCCAAAUCUUUGAAUAUAGAAUUAACUUCCUGAGAAUUUACAAGUAUAUUUAUGUCAGAAAUAGGAAUGUUUAUUUUGCCUGGGAAUAUAGAGAUGGAACUAGACCACAAAGUUGGAUCCAAAUUCAACAUGACCUAGCCUAAGCUAGAGAUUUUAGUUUUUCCAGCAGCAAAAGUUGUGAUCUAGAUGUGAAUAGCCAGAAAGUUGAGGGAUGUUCUUAACCAGGUCUUGCAUUUAGGAUCUUUUUAAAAGAAAUCUGUGAACCUAAGAAAAUCUCUCUCUUGUUCUUGGACAUUUUCCAGAAAAGCAACCUUGCCACAGGCAUUAGAAGUCAUAGUUUGGUUUGGAUUUUUUCAGUAGUUUACAAGUCUGAGAGUAGUGUGGAGAAGUUAUUCUAAUCUAAACCCUGGAAUUCUGUGGAAAGAAAUCACAUGACGCAGUUGAUGUGAUUAGACAGUAUGCUUCUCUGCCGGUCCUCAGAGUAGUAGUAUGCAGGGAGGCAGUUAGGAGGAAGAUAGUGGCUGUAGUUCAUCCAACCUCACUGCAGAUGUUCACCAUGGGAGAGUUUCAACAUCAGCUGCUCACUCUCUUUGGGGGCCUAAUUUGUCUGUGUGCACUUUUGAAAAGUGUUAGAUUUUUGAAGUAUUUUUUCCCACGUGUAUGGAGCGCUUUGCCUCAGUCUUUCUUUCGCUCAAUGGGAGAAUGGGCAGUAAUCACAGGAGCAGGAGAUGGAAUAGGAAAAGCAUAUUGCUUUGAGCUGGCAAGACGUGGGCUAAAUAUUGCUAUGAUAAGUAGAACACUUGAAAAACUGCAGAAAGUGGCUACUGAAAUUGAGCAGGCCACAGGUAGAAAGGUGAAGGUCAUACAAGCUGACUUUACAAAAGAUUAUGUGUAUGAGGCUAUUGAAGAAAGUCUUCAAGGCUUGGAAAUUGGAAUUUUGGUUAACAAUGUUGGAAUGCUUCAUAAUCCUGUUCCAUGCCGAUUCCUUAAUGGACCAGACAUAGCUGAGAACCUCAUCAACUGCAACGUUAUCUCUGUUACCAAGAUGACAAGGAUAAUUUUGAAGCAAAUGGAGCCAAGACAAAAAGGACUUAUUCUGAACCUUUCUUCUGGUUUGGGCACCUUUCCUUGUCCAUUGUAUACUUUAUAUUCAGCUUCUAAAGCUUAUAUAUGCACAUUUUCCAAAGCACUUCAAGCAGAGUAUAAGAAAAAGGGAAUUAUCAUACAGGUGGUGACUCCAUAUGGUGUGUCUACUCCGAUGACCAAGUACCAAAAACCAAAUGUAAUAAUGAAGACUGCGGAGGAAUAUGUUAAAGAAUCACUGGAGUAUGUCACCUUUGGAGAUGAGAUAUUUGGUUGUUUAUCCCAUGAAAUCUUGGUAAUUGAUUUUAAUAAUCAUGAGGGCCACUCCAGAGGCUUGUUGAACUCAACAGAAGUCUUCCCAUUGAUUUUCAAUGGACUUUGGAUCAGGCUCCAAAUGAGAAAUUUUGUCUAAGCCUAGUGCCAACUAUGGGUUAUUUAUGUGUAUAUGUGGCACCAGUUAACCAUCAUGUAAUGUAGAGAACAUAGCUAUCUAUAUACAGUAGCUAUUAACAAUGAUGAGAGUUGGAUACAAGUAUUGAGAGGAGAGUAGACUCCACCAUUUGAAAACAGGAAAAAGAUUAAAAGUAUUGACUGUAAAAGUAUUAAAAUAGAAAUCCUUUCAUUACUAGUUGUUAUUACCUACAUUAACACUCAAUUGAUAUAGAGGCCUAUAAUAUUUUUUGUCUCUGUAUUGUUUUUCUUUGUUUUGUUUAACUGCUCUGAAGGCCUGCGUCCUGCAGCUCAUUCCCUUAUGGAUAUUCCACAGCGAGAGAUUUCAAGAGGUAGUCCUGCACGCAUUUACAAGUUAUCUGAAGAACA